AUGAUCGCCAGGAGAAAGGUCCUUCAAAUGGCCGCAGUGGCGGCCAUUACAACUUAUAUCCUCUGCACGGUAUUUGUCCGAAGCUUUGGAGAUAGAGAAUGGCCCACCUCGCUUUCCAAACUCUCUCAGAACUCCAUGGGCGAUAAUGUUUUCGAACACAUACAAAACAGCACUCUUGGAUUUGAGCAUAUCUACGCGAUCAGUAUGAAAGAGCGGACCGACAAGCGCGAUUUCCUCACACUAGCAGCCUCGAUAUCGGGGUUCAAGGUGGAAUGGCUCGAGGGAGUGCGACCCGAUGAUCUACAUCCUAAGGCCAUGCCUGACGGACUCGACACCUCACCCGUGAAGCUCACCGCCGUGGCAUGUUGGCGUGCGCACAUGAAUGCAUUGGUCAAUGUGAUAAGCAAUGACUACUCAACCGCUUUGAUUUUGGAGGAUGACGCAGACUGGGAUGUGAGUCUCAAGUCCCAGCUCGGUGAAUUUGCGCGCGGGCUGCACGCCUUAAAAGGGACCAAUCAGGUAUCCAAAGAAGCUCCUUACGGAACAGAUUGGGAUCUCCUUUGGAUCGGCGGAUGUGCCUCGGGCCCGAACGCCAACGAAACAAGCUUCUACGCUAUACCCAUGGACCCCACAGUUCCGAGGGUCCACCACCGAGCCACCUGGGGCGGACCCACCGAAAACUGGAAGCAACAAUAUCCAGAAUUGGCCGAGGACUCGACGCGAUUUAUCUAUCGGGCUGAAAUGGGCUGCUGCAUGUUUGGAUAUGCAGUUACAACCAAGGGCGCUAGGAACAUUCUUUCCGCUCUUUCCAUUGAUCAUUUGGAUAAGCCGGUAGAUGAUGCCCUGAGUGAAUUGUGCGCGGGUGCUAAUGGGCGCCGCAAGAUUGAAUGCUGGGCUCCGUUCCCCAAUUUGAUUGGUACGUAUAGAAAGGCUGGAUCGGCUGCCCGGGAUUCAGAUAUCGAGAGCAACAACGCGGCUGAAUUCCACGAAGAGCUGGCCUGGAAUAUGGUAUACAGCACCAGGCGUAAUAUCCACCAAUUAGUUGCUAGCGAGGAAAUUGUUUACUCACAAUGGAAGGAUGAAGAUGUGCCAUGGUCGAGUAAAGAGAUUAAGCAUAAGGAGUUUGUUUAUCCUGGUGGAUAUCUUGUCAAUUAA